AUGUACUCAACAAAAAGUCUCAUCGGGUUCGCGAGCAUGCUCGCAUCCCUUCCAUCUGUCUUUGCUGGCUUUAGUUCCACCUCUUCUAACAGUGUUGCCAUCUACUGGGGUCAAGGUCCCAACCAAGGGACACUCGCAUCAUACUGCUCAAAUGCUGGCUUUGACAUCAUCCCCAUUGCUUUCUUGAUCUCUCUCAACAAGUUGACUGUCAAUGUUGGAAACGCAGAUCCCGCUCAAGUCGCAAAGGACAUCGUCACUUGCCAGGGUAUGGGUAAGACAAUUCUCCUCUCCAUUGGAGGAGCAACUUACACCGAGAAUGAACUCGCAAGUGCUGAUGCCGCAACUACUGCGGCCAAGAAUGUCUGGGCUGCAUUUGGUCCCAAAACCUCAUCCUCUACAACUCGACCAUUUGGUGACGCUGUCGUUGAUGGUUUCGAUUUUGAUAUCGAAACCCAAGGUCUUACCAACUUGGAUGUCUUCGCUCAAGAACUCCGCACUCUUUCGGAUGCUGAGACCAGCAAGAAAUACUACUUGACUGCCGCCCCACAAUGUCCUUACCCGGAUCAAGCCGAUAAGUCCUUCCUUCAAGGCGCAGUCUCUUUCGAUGCUGUCUUCGUCCAAUUCUAUAACAACAACUGUGGUCUUAACAAGUUUGUCAAGGGAAGCACCACUCAAUCCGAAUUUAACAUGGCCACAUGGGAUACCUGGGCUUCAACUACCUCCAAGAACAAGAAUGUCAAGGUUUUCGUCGGUAUCCCAGGUAGCACCAGCGCCGCCACAACAGGUUACAUUGACCAAGCCACUCUUACUGAUGUCAUCACUUACUCCAAGACUUUCAAGAGCUUCGGUGGUAUCAUGUCUUGGGAUAUGGUCACUAUCAUUGGAAACAGUGGUUACCUUGCCAACAUCAACAAAGCACUUGGAGGUGCCCCUGCUUCAGGAUCUACUGGCUCCGCCAACACCUCUGCUGCAGCAACCACUGCCAAGGCUUCCGGCACUCCUGCCCCAACCACCCUUACCACUAAAGUCAAGUCUACUGUUGUCUCUUCCAAGGCUGUUGCUACCACUACCGCUAAGGCCGCUGCUACUACCACCGCCAAGGCUGCUGAUGAACAAACCACCGUUGCACCUGCCGGUGCAAGCGCCACUCCCGCCUCCGGAGCUGUUCCACAAUGGAGCCAAUGCGGAGGUGAAGGAUACACCGGAUCCACUGUGUGUGCAAGUGGCUUCAAGUGUGUUAAGACUGACGACUGGUGGUCUGCUUGCGAGUAA